CCAAAUCAGCACUGAGUCCAGAUUCCUCCUCUGGUUACAGAGCUGUUGUUGCGUUUCUCUCUCACUCACUCUCUGCGUCUACAUUUUUUGUUUUCUUCUCCGCCGCAGAGAUCCGUCGUGUGUAUCUCUCCUUGUCUCUCUAUCCAUGGAUUCCCUCGUAAAAUCCGGUUGGCAGUACCUUAUUACACAUUUCAGCGACUUUCAACUCGCGUGCAUCGGGAGUUUUAUCCUCCAUGAAAGUGUCUUCUUCUUGUCUGGUCUACCUUUCAUUUUCCUAGAAAGGACGGGUUUGCUUAGCAAUUACAAGAUUCAGGCAAAAAGUAACACCCCUGAAGCCCAAGGGAAAUGCAUUGCUCAACUAUUGUGUUACCAUCUCUUCGUAAACUUGCCCCUCAUGCUUGGGUCUUACCCUGUCUUCAAGUUCAUGGGCAUGCAGAGCAGCUUUCCUCUGCCGUCCUGGAAAGUAGUGUCAGCCCAGAUCUUAUUCUACUUCAUCAUUGAGGAUUUUGUAUUCUAUUGGGGUCACCGUAUCUUGCAUACAAAAUGGCUGUACAAGAACGUCCACAGUGUGCAUCACGAAUAUGCCACACCGUUUGGUUUGACAUCAGAAUAUGCUCAUCCAGCAGAGAUUCUGUUCCUGGGUUUUGCUACCAUCAUUGGUCCGGCUCUCACCGGGCCUCAUUUGAUCACCCUCUGGUUGUGGAUGAUGCUCAGAGUUAUUGAGACAGUAGAGGCACAUUGUGGUUACCAUUUCCCAUGGAGCCCCUCGAAUUUUCUUCCUCUGUACGGCGGUUCUGACUUCCAUGACUACCAUCAUCGGUUGCUCUACACAAAGUCUGGGAACUACUCAUCAACUUUUGUCUACAUGGACUGGAUCUUUGGUACCGACAAGGGUUACAGAAAACUGAAGGCCCUGAAAGAAACGUGACAGACAACAAGCAAACGUAAAAGUUGGUUCGUACUCUCAAAAACCUUCCUUUCUUCUGUUUUGCCUCUUAAGAUUUUUCUUGAAUUAUAACCUUUAAUCAUAAGAACAACAUUAUUUGCAGUACUUUGGAUUGUACAUUCAAAUAUGUUGGUCUGAACUCUGAAGCGUCUCUAAUCAACAAUAGUUAAUUCGAUGUUGAAUCAUCCAGCCUUUUGUUUCUAUUGCACUGUUGCUGCUUUCUUACUCUUUGUCUUAAUCUUUACAUUACUGAUAGUGCUCGAAAAUGAAGUUUAGUCCCU